AAAAAAAAAUUGUUACACGGUGUAAUUAUCUGGCACCGAAACAAAAUGCUACUGCUCCCCUAGUAAGAAAACUGCCAAUGAAAGCAGCGGUGGUCAGAAGAUAAAUUGUGUUGUGUGCGUGUGUGCGUGCGUGCGUGUAUAGUAUAGGUAUAUAUUUUUUUAUUCACAAGGACUUUCUUUGUCUCCAGGCUAUGAAAAAGCUGCUGUUCCUACAAGUUUGCCUGCAUAUCUGUGAUGCAGUUACAGUGCCCCCGUCUCCAGUGACGUCACCUCCAGGCAGUGAUGUCAUUCUCAGCUGCUCUUUUUCCUAUAAAGAGGGGGCUGAUCUCAGAGGAUUGGUGGUUACCUGGCAACGCCCUCCUGUCGAUCAUGUGGUCCACAGUUUCUAUUACGGUCGAGACCAGCUGGAUCUGCAGAAUGAAGCCUACAGGAAUCGGACCCAGCUGUUCCCAGAGCAGCUCAGUGUGGGGAACGCCUCCCUCAGACUGAAACAGGUGCGGGGGGAGGAUGAGGGCCGGUACACCUGCGCUGUCGCCAACCAAGUGGAGAGCACCAGGGGAGACGUGCAGCUCCUAGUGGCAGCUGAAUUCGUCGAGCCUCAGCUGGUCGUUACUGACAGUCCGGACAGCCCCGACCAGGCUCUCCUGAGCUGCAUCUCGAGAGGAUACCCCAGCGCUUCAGUGCAGUGGCUCAAUGAGACCGGCUGUGACAUCACAGAGAGCAGCAAGACUAGCCAAUCGCUGGACAGGGAUGGGCUGGUGGAAAUCUCAAGUCACAUUCUAGUGUCCAGGGAUGCUAAUUAUACCUGUGUUCUUACCCACAGCCGACUGAAACAAACAGUCAAGAAGACGAUCACUUUAACAAAGAAGGGUUAUCCGGAAAGACAUCGCAUUGUCUUGUGGGUCGUCUUCACAGUGAUAGCAACGAUGAUCAUUGUAAUCUACCUGCUUUUCAAGCACCGCCGUGCUACCGGCACACCAGCAGGUAGUGGAGAACAUGCCCUGUUCGGUAGAAUGGCUUCCAGGAGUCCAUCACACGUGUAGAAGUAUCCUGUCUCAGGGAGUUGUUAAUGUACAUUGUAGAAGCUCUAUUAACGGGUGGGCAGUAUUGAGCAAUACCGGACCGCUCAAGGGCGUAAUGAGACCCGGGGCCACACGUAGCUUGUAGCUCCUGGAAGGUGCGGUAUUUCCCAAUAACGCCCACCCUGUCGGGUCUCUUUGCACUUAGAAAAUGGACAGCUGUUACGAAAAAAAAGACAGAAACAAAUUUUUUGGUUUAAAACUUCAACAUUCGGUGGCUCAGGGAUAUCCGUCCAGGUGAAAAGGCACUUAUGCCGGUACUUUUUAUUUCCUGGUCAUCUAUUGAAAGCUAGUGCCAAGGAUACUAGGCAAUGAGGAAAUAAAAAGCCAACUAUAGAAAAAUGAGUGCUGUCAGGUACCCGGCUGGGACGGUAUUGCUCUUCCACGACACAAAGACAAUCGGUGAACAUUAUUGCAAAACAAAGCGCUCUAAUACAACAUUAGGCAAUUGACUAAACAGUAUUCCAAAAACUGUUCUUGCCGUGCUUUCUCAGUCCUACAGUAUUCAUUCAUUUGUUUAUUGCCCCGUGCGUGUUAACCCGAGACAGAAUCAACAAGAGGAAAGCGCGCUCACAAACACAAA